AUGUCCCGAUUCCUCCGUCCCGCAGCUCGCCUGGCGGCGUCCUCCAGAGCUACCGCACUCCGCUCCUCCCCCAUCUCUCAGUUCGUUACCCGACCCGCUGCCUUUUCUAUUCAGUCAAGGACGUACGCCGACGCCAAGGGCACCAAGGACUACACUGUCCGCGAGGCUCUUAACGAAGCCCUUGCCGAGGAGCUCGAGGCCAACGACAAGGUCUUUGUUCUGGGCGAGGAGGUCGCUCAGUACAAUGGCGCGUACAAGGUCACAAAGGGUCUGCUGGACCGCUUCGGCGACAAGCGUGUCAUUGACACACCCAUCACUGAGAGUGGCUUCUGCGGUCUUGCCGUCGGCGCCGCCCUGAGCGGACUGCACCCUGUGUGCGAGUUCAUGACCUUUAACUUCGCCAUGCAAGCCAUCGACCAGAUUGUCAACUCGGCUGCCAAGACGCUCUACAUGUCCGGCGGUAUCCAGCCUUGCAACAUCACCUUCCGCGGCCCCAACGGUUUCGCCGCUGGUGUUGGUGCUCAGCACUCCCAGGACUACUCAGCGUGGUACGGCAGCAUCCCUGGUCUCAAGGUCGUUGCUCCCUGGAGCGCUGAGGAUGCCAAGGGUCUCCUGAAGGCUGCCAUCCGCGAUCCCAACCCCGUCGUCGUGCUCGAGAACGAGCUCAUGUACGGCCAGUCCUUCGCCAUGUCGGAGGCUGCCCAGAAGGACGACUUCGUCCUGCCUUUCGGCAAGGCCAAGGUUGAACGCACCGGCAAGGACUUGACCAUUGUCACCCUGUCCCGUUGCGUCGGCCAGGCCUUGAUUGCUGCGGAGAACCUGAAGAAGAAUUACGGCGUUGACGUCGAGGUUAUCAACCUGCGCUCCGUGAAGCCUUUGGAUGUGGAAGCGAUUGUCAAGUCUGUUAAGAAGACCCACCGCCUCCUGUCCGUUGAAUCUGGCUUCCCCGCCUACGGUGUCGGCUCCGAGAUUCUGGCCCUGACGAUGGAGUACGCCUUCGACUACCUUGACGCACCUGCGCAGAGAGUCACAGGCGCCGACGUUCCUACCCCGUACGCCCAGGGACUUGAGGAGAUGAGCUUCCCCACCGAGCAGAUCAUUGAGAAUUACGUUGCCAAGAUGCUGCGUCUGUAA